UCGGGUUAAAUACUUGUCCCGCCAGUCGAACUUGGUCCAGUCAUAGGAACCAGACUCGAGCGUCGUGCACGGACUCCAUUGUUUUGUCGAGGGUAAAAAAGCGUAAUUAUGGCUGACUUUGAAGAAUUCGAUAGAGAAAUGGCACAGGUGAAAGAGGAGAGAGAUAAGGACAGACCAAGAAGGUCAAGGUCAGGUUCUGCUUCAAGGUCAAGGACUAAAAGGUCUAGAAGUAGGGACAGAAAACGAAGGUCAAGGUCACGGGAGAGAGGAAAUAGAAAACACCGGUCUAGAAGUCGAUCAAAGGAGAGGACUACCAGGAAAAAGAAGCCUUACAAGUAUUGGGAUGUUCCUCCACCAGGAUUUGAGCACAUGACUCCGAUGCAGUACAAAGCAUUGCAAGCUGCCGGGCAAGUUCCACAAGCUGCACCAGUUCCCACCACACAGAUUACAAAUACAACUGUACCGUUUGCUGGUAGUGCUGUCAGUAGGCAAGCUAGACGAUUAUAUGUCGGAAAUAUUCCAUUUGGUGUUACUGAGUCAGCUAUGAUGGAUUUUUUCAAUGACCAAAUGAAGAUGAGUGGCUUGGCACAGGCAGAGGGUAAUCCUGUCAUUGCAGUACAGAUCAACCUCGAUAAAAAUUUUGCCUUUGUAGAGUUCCGUUCAGUUGACGAAACAACACAGGCAAUGGCUUUUGAUGGAAUAAACUUUCAAGGACAGUCACUGAAGAUACGCAGACCUAGAGAUUACCAGGUGUUGCCAGGAAUGUCAGAAAAUCCUUCAGUGAAUGUACCAGGUGUCGUGUCAACUGUUGUGCAAGAUUCUCCAAACAAGAUUUUCAUUGGAGGAUUACCAAACUAUCUUAAUGAAGAUCAGGUGAAGGAAUUACUGACAUCAUUUGGACCACUAAAGGCUUUUAACUUGGUAAAAGACAGUGCUACUGGAUUGUCAAAGGGCUAUGCUUUCUGUGAAUAUGUAGAGAUGAUGGGAGGACCCUCAGUCACAGACCAGGCUUGUGCAGGGUUAAAUGGAAUGCAGUUAGGGGACAAGAAGCUUAUCGUUCAAAGGGCGAGUGUUGGAGCUAAGAAUGCCCAGGCAGCACCUGUACAGGUGCAGGUACCGGGUUUAAACCUCCAACAGGGAUCAGGACCACCAACAGAGGUGCUCUGCUUGAUGAACAUGGUAACGCCAGAAGAUCUCGAGGACGAGGAUGAAUAUGAAGACAUUCUGGAGGAUGUACGAGAAGAGUGUGGCAAGUAUGGUAUGGUGAAGAGUUUAGAAAUCCCAAGACCAAUCAAGGGUAUAGAUGUCCCAGGAUGUGGAAAGAUUUUUGUUGAGUUUAACUCACUGAUAGAUUGUCAAAAGGCACAGCAAGCUCUGACAGGGCGGAAAUUCUCAAACAGAGUUGUUGUCACAUCAUACUAUGAACCAGACAAAUACCAUCGCAGAGAAUUCUAACAGAAAUUCUACACGCUGAUUUUAUGUUGUUUACUGAUCAUUGUCUGAAAUAAUCUUCAGUUGAAAUAUUUACAUGAUUUGUCAAGCUUCGUUUUACUGGAUCACUGCAAGUGUAACAGCAGUAGUAGGAAAGGUCUGCAAGGAAGACUCCAGACAACAGAUAGACACUGUUAUUUCUACAAAAAGUAAUACGACUGGAAGCCAGGGCAUUCAGUGGCAUUCUAAAAUAACAUGAGAGUUUGUUAGUGUAAUUAAAUUCAGUUAAUUUCAGGAGUCCAACUGAAUAAAUUUUCAAAGCUUUUAUUUUCUUGUUCAGUAAUACUGUCUCUUUGUUUAAUUGGAACAAAUACUACUUUAACCUUUAGCCUGCUAGCAGCAAGUAAUUUUCCCAUUGCGACCAAUGCAGACCAGGAUCAGCCUGCACAUCCGUGUAGGCUGAUCAUGGUCUGCACUGUUCGCUAUUCAGCCAGUAAAUUUUCAGUGAACACCCCUUUGAAUAAAAAAUGGUACUGCCCAAAUUGAAUGAUGGAUCAGUCCAUUUUAGAAAUUUACAGGGUAAAGGUUAAAAAAUGUUGGACUAAAGUGUAGCUUUACAUGCUGGAAUUAUCCACUUUUUCAGUAUUAGUAGUAUCAUUGUAUAUUUGCAAUCUUUUUUAAGUAGAAAAAUUCUUCAAGUAAAUACCCUGUAGUUGUUGCUUGAAAGGGUCAGCAUGUAAUAUGGGGCCACUCCUUUCAAUACUGUAUAAAGGUCAACAUCUGCAGAAUAAGAUUCAUGGAUUCAGCUGUAAUGUUAUUUGUUUAACGUUGUAAAAACUAUUUAAAAUUUUUUAUUUGUUGAGACUGUUUUGUCUAGAUAAUGUUGGUGGAUGUUAGUAUAGCAAAACUUUAAUUUGUAUUCCAAGGAUUUUGACCUAUUUUUUUUUAUCCAAUGUUUCGUAUUUAUUUUAUUUCUAUGAUAUUGUUUCCAUAGAUACACUGGAUAUCUGUAUAUUGCGAAAAUCUAUUGAACAUAAGGUAAUAAAAACACAACACAAUUAUGUAAGGAUAGAAACUUGUAUUUUGUUAUUAAUAAAGCCAACAUAGAGAUUUCAUGAUGUAUACUUUGACCUUAAGAGCUGUUUUCUCAUAAUGCUGCUACUAUUAUAAGAUAAAUAAAAUUAUCUCAUUUA